AUGGUUGAUCUUGUGUUUCAUAUCGGUGUUCUCCGCGUCGCACCCCAAUUAAGAACUAUACAUGUAGUGUUCCUAAUAUUGCUAAGUGUAACUAGGCGCUGUCCUCUGAUUGAGACUAAGAUGUGUUCAAAUGUAGCAGCCUAUACCCUUAGUACACAUAUUUUGACUCAAAAAUUGCCCAAGCUCGAAACCAGUUACAAAGUAUCUGAGCUCUUCAAGUUGGCUGAGGGGGACAUUCAGGGUAGCUUGCUAGAUCACUGUCGAUUUGUCCUCAAGGAGUUCCACUGGCAAACUAUUGAUGUCAUUGCCUGUUCAUGUGUUAAGUGCAGACCACAUUAA